AUGCUCACUAGUACUUUCUUGUCACAGUUCGAUGCAUUUGCGAAGCCACUUAAAGAUUUUCGUGUUAAGACUGUCGCAGGUGCCAUAGUUUCUAUUUUCAGUUGUCUUUCCAUUUUCUGUCUUUUCAUCUCGGAGCUUUUUCUUUAUUUGACACCGCAAUUAAAACAAGAAAUAAUGGUUGACGUGAAUAGAGGUGAAAAGUUAUCAAUUACCCUCGACAUUACCUAUUUGCAAAUUCCAUGUGUCAUUCGUUUCUCUGACGGUCGUUCAACUCCUUUUUCUUCAUCCAGAUGUUGCAAUACGUGCAAAGAAGUCCAACAAGCGUACUAUGAAAAGAAUUGGGUGGUCACAAAUAUGACCAUGUUCCGACAGUGUCAGAAGGAGAACUGGGCUUCCGAAGUGUCCAAACUAGGCAAAGAAGGUUGCCGAAUACAGGGUCAGUUGCAGGUGAACAAAGUGGCCGGUUCGUUUCACAUAUCCCCGGGAAACAGUUACGCCGUGAAUCAUGUGCAUGUACAUCAUUUACAAAACAUUGGAACCAAUCAAGUAAGCAGUAUGGGUUUCUUUCUUAUCCUAUCCUCUUAUAAAGCUGAUUUAAUAUCUCUGGUUUUUUUGUUGUUAUCGCAUCUAAAACUUUGCCAUUUGAUAUUAUACUUUUGUAGCCGACAUGAGCUUGUGAUUUCCUUCUGUUGGAUUUCAGCCCUCGGAUGGUUACUGCUCAGUAACGUUAUUUACUUAUCUGGAAUACGUUCAUAUUCAUUUGAUAUUUGUCACCGAAUUUUAUCUCUCCCUCCUCUCGCUCUCUAUAGUCCAGCAAGUUUAAAAUAA